UUUAAUAGCCAACAGAACAAUAGAGAGAGAGAGAGAGAGAGAGAGAGAGAGAGAGAGGAAAUUUAAAAAUCCAAAAACCUUUUUUUUCUUUUCUCUCUCUGGGUUUUCUUUUUCUGUUAAGCCCAGAAAAUUUUUACCUCUUGAUUUUCCUUUUCUCCAAUCUUAAAAGUGGGUUUGAAUUUUUUUUCUUUUUUCUCUCUCGGUUUUCUCUUUGCUUUGCUGUUUUUAGGCCGUCACAGAAUCACAGCUCUCUGACCCCUGAUGGGUUCUUUGUGAUUCGAAUCAUAUAUAAAAAUACCACUGCUGGGUCUUCGUUAGACAUUUGGAGUUGAUGAAGAACAUAGGUUUAAGUUUUAGCUUAAUAAUGUACUUGUGGUUGCUUGAGUGGUUUCAAUUAAUACUUGGACAGUGAACAAGAUUUUGGUGAUCUCUUUUCAGAAUAUUUUAAGUGAAGAAAUGAGGUUACCUGAAGUGUAGGAUUUACUCAGAUUCACAGGCUGUAUAUUACUUGCUAGAUCAGAAGAUUAGAAGGAUCUUUUAGAAGGGGGAAAAAUAUAAAAACUUAAAAGAAAGGAAGGAGUACAAACGACGAGGAGUAGAUCAACAGGUCACCAUUUGCAAUGAAGCCUUUUGAAAGUGUUGUAACUGACUUGGAAGAUGGUAAGUUGGAGAAAGGCAAAGAUAAAGUGGCACAUACUAGUGGGGCAUUUCAAGUAUACAAUCAGGCCUUAUUGUCUGGCUUUGCAUAUUGCAUCUCCUCGUGCAGCAUGAUAUUAAUUAACAAGUUUGUCCUUUCCAGCUAUAAUUUUAAUGCUGGGAUAUUCCUGAUGCUUUACCAGAAUCUCAUUUCAGUGAUUAUAGUUUCUAUAUUGAGUAUUCUGGGUGUAAUUUCAACGGAACCAUUGACAUGGAGAUUGGUUAAAGUCUGGUUACCUGUGAACUUAAUAUUUGUUGGGAUGCUCAUUACAAGCAUGUUUAGCUUGAAGUACAUUAAUGUUGCCAUGGUCACAGUCUUGAAGAAUGUAACUAAUGUGAUAACUGCACUUGGCGAAAUGUAUCUAUUUAGUAAGCAUCAUGACAACAAAGUCUGGGCUGCUCUGUUCCUAAUGAUCAUUUCAGCAAUCUCUGGAGGCAUUACUGAUCUUUCAUUUCAUGCUAUUGGCUAUGCAUGGCAGAUCAUUAACUGUUUCUUGACUGCAUCGUAUUCUCUUACCCUACGUAGAAUCAUGGAUACUGCCAAACAACACACCAAAUCUGGGAACUUGAAUGAGUUCUCAAUGGUAUUGCUGAAUAACACCCUUUCUUUGCCUUUGGGGACUCUUCUUAUAUUUGUCUUCAAUGAGGUGGAUUAUCUUCUCAAAACGCCACUUUUGAGGUUGCCUGAGUUCUGGUUUGUAAUGACACUGAGUGGACUUCUCGGUCUGGCAAUCAGCUUCACCUCUAUGUGGUUUCUUCAUCAAACAGGUGCUACCACAUACAGUCUUGUUGGGUCACUGAAUAAGAUACCUCUUUCCAUUGCUGGUAUUGUGCUUUUCCAUGUCCCUACCAGUCUCGAAAAUUCUGCAAGCAUAUUCUUUGGUCUUGUAGCUGGAGUAUUUUUUGCAAGAGCAAAAAUGCGGGAAAGAUCGUAACCCUGAGAAGUUGUAAUCAUUAUGGGAUCCUUCAAUGGAAACUUUGGUGUAGCAUGCUGAGUAUACUUACAUGUAACUUGUUUGAUAUAAUCACAUGUUACUGAUGUUGGAAAUGAGGCAAGCUGUUUUGUAUCAAGUGGUCUGAUGAAAAAGGGUGUUACAGAAUUUCUCAUUUGCAUGCUAAUAUUUUGAAGUUUACUUGGUAUGGAGAAAAUGAAGAUCAUGUAAAAGUGUACUGGGCAUCUGGAUUUUGUUUGUUCUACGGAAGAAAAACUUACCACUAAUUCCUUUUCAUACGGUUCCUUUAAUUCUUUAAACCGUAACUUGUGUAGUGAAUAUGAGAGAGGGUUGGUUUGUGGUUUGUGCUAGGGUUAAUAUGAUAUAGGCCUUUUGUGUUUUAUUCCUAUUUUAAAUUGUAUCUUGAGGUUUUAAACAUUUCAAAAUAUCUUUUAUGCAGUUAAUUUCCAUUCAGAAAA